AUGAGUAAAGUUUUUCCAAAGACACCAAAAACAGAUGUCAUUCUUACGGCACUUUCAACACUAGCCUCCAUUAUUCGACCAUGUUUGGGUCCAUAUGGUAACUACCAAAUGCUAACGACUACUAGUAGUAGCAGUAGUAGUAAUAAGGGUAAUCUUGAUGGAGAACAACAACACCAACAACAACAACAAUUCACAGUUAAACUAUCAAACAAAGCUGCUGAAAUUUUAAAGUUGGUUAACCUAGAACACCCAGUUACAAAUAUUAUAAAGAGAGCUGUACAUUCGUUAGAGUAUACGAGUUAUGAUGGUAGUUCAUCAUUGGUGAUAUUGAUUGAGCAGGCAAUGAGAGAGUUGUAUGCUAUCCCUCAUAGUCAACUCCAUCCCAUCUCGAUUGUAUAUGCAAUGCAAUCAAUGUAUGGUAGUGUCAUUUCAGACACUAUUUCAUCACUCAAGAAACCGUUGGUCAAGCUUGCCAAUGACCAAACAUUCGAGACAAUGACCAAACAAGAGAUAUUGGAUACUGUAUUGGAUAUUGACGUUAGUCUACUUUACAACAGCAUCUAUUCUUCGAUUCAUACAAAGUUAAAGGAUCAAGAUCAGUGUCUUGAAAUAGCCACACUAUGCAAAGAAACUGUCGUAAAGUUAUACCCAAUAUCACAAACACCUCCAAUAACAGUAUCAUACAUUAUGAAGAAUCGGUUGGUAUUACAAGACCAAGUUAUCAUCAACCCCAUCAUUUCAUUAAAUCCUCUAAACAAAACAGAAUUGAUUAAUAAUGGUUGGUUAUUGGAAUAUGAUAGUGGUGAUCGUAGCAGCAGUAGUGGGAGUACAAGAAUAAUAGGUGACCAAAAGUUAUUAAAUGCAAAGUUUAUAAUGGUAACUGAUUUUAUUGGAGUGGAAGAUGAUAAUCAACAAAUUCAAGGUCAAGAUCAACAAGAUCAACAACAACAGGAAGCAACAAAACUUUCAUAUACUUCAACAUCUGAAAGACAUUUAUUGGUUGAGCGUGAAAAGGAACUAAUAAGAAAAAAGGUUAAAUGUUUGGUUGAUUUAAAUGUUGAUGCUAUUCUAGCAAGUACUCCAAUCGAUCAAUCUACACUAGACAUGAUACAAGAUCAAUAUCCAAAUACAUUAAUAUUUCAAAAUAUCCCUCGCCAAACUUUAAAUGUUAUUUCAAGAUCUUCUGGAAUUAAAUUAAUUACUUCUAUAUCCCAAUUGGAACAACAACUUCAACAACAACAACAACAACAACAACAACAACAACAACAACAACAACAAACAAACAAUCAAAAUACAACUACAACUACAACUACAAAUCCAUUUAUUGGUAUUAUUGAUACAAUACAAUUAACAAAAGGACAAUCAGAAGUAAAAUAUAAAGCAAGGUUUCAAGGAUUGAAAGAAUGUAAAUAUACAAUGGUUAGUGCUAUUAUUUGUGCAACUAGUUCAUAUGUCAUACAACAAAAGGUUGGAUCCUUUAUAACUGGUAUGGGUGUUGCUAAGUGUUGUUUUGAAGACCUCUAUGUCUUGCCUGGUGCAUGUGCAGUCGAAUUAAAAUUAAUGGAUCGAUUCAAAUCGAUUUCAGAGAGUAAUGAUGCCGAUGAGGCUGAAAAGAUAACUGCUGGUGUAUUAUAUAAAAGUAUUCAUGCUUUGCCAUCUACCAUCCUCGUUAAUAGUUCACUCAAUACAACUGCUCCCAUCUCAUCGUUUUUUAAAACCAAGUCAGCAACAGGUUUAAACCUUGGAAUCAAUAAUGGUCGAACCAUUGAUAAACAACAACCACAUCUCUUGGAUCCAAUGGAAAAUGGUAUCAUAGAUGGAUACAGAGGUAAACUUCAAAUGUAUAAAAGUUUUAUAGAUACUAUUUGUCUGUUCCUUAAAAUAGAUCAAAUCAUUUAUCCUCCAUCAAAAAAUAUUCAACCAAAACAACCAAAACAACAACGAUUGCAACAACAAAAGAAAAGAGAACAUAUUGAAUUUCAAUCACCCUCGUUCAACUUGGAAUCAUCAAGACAAAAACAAAUGGAAAUUACAAAGAAAAAGAAUGAAUUAUUUUAUAAAGAUGAAGAAAUCCAAAGAAGAAAAAAAAUCGACCAAAUAAUGCAACAAGAAGAAGAAGAUGGCUAA